AUGAUCACAGUUGACAACGUGCUGGUACCCUAUAACCCAGAUCUCCCAAUCAUACUCGACUGUGAUGCGUCGGCAUACGGCCUGGGCGCUGUUCUGUCGCACCAAAUCCCUGAUGGAACAGAGCGUCCCAUCGCGUUUGCCUUGCGAACAAUGAACAGCAGCGAGAAGAACUACGCACAGAUCGACAAAGAAGCCCUCUCCAUAGUCUUUGACGUUACCAGAUUCCAUAUCUACCUCUACGGACGCAACUUCACCCUCAGAACGGACCACCAGCCGCUCAUGGCCAUACUGGGCCCCAAGAGAGGAAUCCCUCCCAUAGCAGCCAUGCGCAUGCAACGAUGGGCCACCAAGUUAUCGGCAUACUCGUAUGAUAUCCAAUACAGGUCAUCUAAUGACCACUCCACCGCAGAUGCUCUUUCUCGCCUCCCCCAACACAGGGCUCCCAAGGAUGGGUAUUUUGACCUCGCCGAUUUAUACCAAGUGGAACAGAUGGAUCGUCUUCCCGUCACAGCAGAUGACAUAAGAGAGCACACGGCAGCUGACCCCUUGCUUCACGAAGUACACGAUUAUGUGCUGAACGGAUUCCCUCGCACGACCCCGAGCGACAAUGUGAAGCCGUUCCUGACGUGUGCACCCGAACUAUCUCUUCACGAGGGAUGUGUCAUUCGAGGCCAUCGCGUUGUCAUUCCGAGCGCACUGAGAGCACGCACUCUCGACGAGCUGCACGAGGGUCAUUUAGGAAUUGUCAAGAUGAAGGAGCUUGCCCGUGGCCACAUAUGGUGGCCAGGAAUAGAUAAAGACAUUGAGGACCUUGCAAAGAGUUGUGGACCGUGCAACGCCACACGGAAUGCACCCCCAUCGCAGUACCACCCAUGGGCAUAUCCACAAGCACCAUGGGAGAGGAUACACAUUGACUUUGCCGGACCCGUGGAUGGGAUACAUUUUCUAGUUGUUGUUGACGCUUAA